AUGACUGAGCUACUGGCGGUCGAAUUUCGUCAGUGGGUACAGGUCAACGCCAGGACUGGUUUCAACGGCCUCGACGAAGAGAAGAAGUAUGUGUCUGGCACUCAGCUCAAGAACUACUGGUCGCGGAAAGCCCUCUACGAGAUCAUAAACACUGUCGAUCCCCCCCUCUCAGUGUCAGUUGAUACUAUCAGAGACAUGUGUCUUCAUAUAUUUUCUGUUCUAGUCUUCAUCGGAAAAUUAGGCAAUAUUAGCCUCUUCCUCGAGCUCGGAAUUAAUGACAGCAGCCUACCGUUGGGAGGUCUCCCUGACCAAUGGAAUGGCUGUCUUGACGAUUUCCUGGCCAAGCAGUGGCAAUUCUGUCCAUGGGUGUUCCCUAGGCUGGGAAGCGACAGGCGAAAACUCAAGAAGCAGCAAAUAUUACCAAUUCAAUAUAAGGGCCCUGUGGUGAGAGAAGGCUGGAAUUCGCCUGCAGCAGGGAUACAAGUAGUCAAUAUAGAUGACGAUUAUUGUCAAUCUGUUCCGAGAGAAGUUGUUUUCAAGAUCUAUAAAGGCGUCGAUACAAGACACCUCUAUAGGAGAGAAGCCGAAGUGUACACAAGACUUGGAAUAUUCAACGAGGGUAUCACAAACUGCUAUGGCUCUUUCGAGUAUCCAGAAACCAAUAAGCGAAUUAUUAUUCUGGAAUAUGCCCGUGAAGGCUCUCUGCUUGACUUCUUCAAGAGGACACGCCCAGGCAAUUCUAGGGAUUUAGAAUUGCUUUGGGACCGCUUGUUGCUGCUACUAGAUGGCCUUUACAAGCUUCACAAUCCAGACAAAAAUGAUUCUAGAUCUGUUUCUGGGAUCCACCAUGAUAUCCAACCAGCGAAUAUUUUGGUAUUCCGAGAAGAGGGGGCCUCUAACUAUGACGUCUCAUUCAAGCUUGCGGACUUUGGACUAGCUGAAAUUGUGAGAAAUGGUGGCGAGGGCGUCACGGUGCCUAUAGAUAAUGAAGGGAAUCGGAUGUAUUCGGCCCCUGAGGCUUACUCCAACUUCGAGAUACAAAGAGAAGUCAGACCUCACCUUAACUCGGUUGUGGACUUAUGGUCCCUCGGGGCCGUUUACAGCGACUUUCUCGUCUGGUCCAUAGGAGGGAGCGAGUGUCAAGAGAGAUAUCGUAUAAAGAGAAAGGAUGCAAUUGCAAAGCUUCCCGAAAUUGCAGAAGCCGGUUUCGAUGCAUGCUUCCACGACGGACGCAAAGUACUUCCCGCAGUUCAAGAUUUUCACACGGAGAUUCUCAAAGACAUAGUUGGUGGAGACUCCAUCUCCCGCUGCAUGAGCAAGUUUAUUCUAAAGUACUUGCUGGUGGAAGCUCCAAGACGACUAAUGGCGAUGCAAGCGAAGGCACAGGCCAUAAACAUGAUCGAUGACGCAAGCCGGAAGUCAGGCCCCAUGCCGCAGCGGUCAAUAACUCCUGAAACCCCCCCUCCUAUAAGCAACAGACUGAGCGUUUACAAUGGUGAGAGGAAAGUAUCAGUAUUAGAGGUUUAUGAGGCACUGAAGACAAAGAGAAAAUGGAAACAAUUUAUGAGACAUAAGAGUCAACCCUCCGAUGCUGGGAUGAGUAUUCCAGGUAUGCAGAACGCUCGGAACCAAAUUGAUCGUCAUGGUGGACGAGAUCAGAUAUUGGUAAUAGAUGAUUCUGAGUCAAUGCGACUACAUAAGAGAAACGUUGCAGAGACUGCCAGAGUUAUUAGUUACUCAGUCAAAGUAUCUGACAAAGACGGUAUGGAUCUUUAUUUUGCCUCUGAGUCCUGUCAUCCCCAAAAGUGCGAAAACAGUUCAGAGGUCGAGGCCAAGAUCAGGAACAAAUCACCAGUCAGUGGAUGGUGUGACAUGAAGAAGUGCUUGGGAGACGUGAUGGAACGAGUGAAGGAAAACGGCACGAAACCUACAGGCAUUUAUAUUUUCACUGAUGGCAUAUGGGACCCAGAACAUGAGCCCGAAGUGACCGAUGUCAUUCACGAAUCCAUCAAUCUUCUAAUCGAGAAGAACGGCAAGCCAGCAGACCUGAUGUUCCAAUUCAUCCAAUUUGGUCGUAACGAUAUUGGGUCGAAGCGGCUUAAGUUUCUUGACGAUCGUUGCAAAAGGACACACAGAGGGGUAGAAUACGAUAUUGUUGACACCAAACACUGCGAUGACCACGUCCCUAAGAUUAUCAUAGGCAGUAUUUCUAAGCAUAAUGACGAUGACGACUAA